UCCGUUUUGUGAACCGCGCGUCGGAGUUGCCCUUCAUCCGCUGCUGUCCGCAUCCUCUGGCUCGUAGUCGUAGGACACGGACCCCGCUUCAGCCCGGCACGUCCUUCUCCACCGCGCAUCCCAUCUCCUGGCGAGCGGCCGGUCACCGGCAGCCACAUCGCAGUCCAUCGCCUCCGCCGCGCCACCGAGUCGAUUGUGUCAAACAGAUCCCCAAUUCGCCGCAUCCGACUUGAUGGACGACCGCCGAAGAGGCGAGCGGGAGGUGAACCGGUGGCAUACAGGUCCUGAGGAGGCGCGUGAGAGGGACUCCGGCUCCUCCUCCCCGGCUGCCAUACUCCUCUUUGCCCUCAUCGGCGCCACUGUCACCACCGCUGCUGUUGGUCAACUGCGCCGCACCUUUGGCUGGUUCUACACUCAGCUUAGCAGAUCAGAACCAUAUGUCUACUGGGAAGACAUACCUCGUGGGCCGAAUAGGUGUGGUGAUGCGUGGCGAUAUUACCAGAGGACGCGUGAGACGAACGAGGAUCAGAGGAAGAGAGUGGAACGCAUCAUGCACAUGCAAGAUAUGUUCAAGAAGGAGAGAAGUAAAUGCCGGGAUUAUCGGACUCGUAAUGGCCAUAAUCCAACCUAUAAUCAGCAUAGUCGAAGAGAAGACUGGUAUGAAGAUGCAGAAACAUUUUAUGCCAAUCAAAGAACAAAUUUUAGAUCAAGGCCCAGGGAAGCAAUGCAGUACAGUAUGUCACAUCACUAUUCUGUCUUGGGCCUAAACAGGUCAAGACCAGAACCAUUUUCAGAUGCUGAGAUUAAGAAUGCGUUUAGGAGAAAAGCAAUGGAAUACCAUCCAGACCAAAACCAAAAGAACAAAGCGGUUGCUGAGGAAAAAUUCAAAGAGGUCAUGGAUUCUUACGAAGCAAUAAAAUUAGAAAGGCAAAAUGGAAGUUGCUGAGCAAACUCAUGAUGCGGGACUUGCAUCUUGGCGUUUGACACAAAGAUAAAAUAUGUCCAAAAAUCCCUUCUAUUUUGUAUCUUAUUGAUUUAGUACGUAGCAACAAAUGGCCCUUUUGUUAUGGGCUCUGAUCCUCUAGCUGGCCGGUUAACUAUGUUUUUUUAAAUUGAGUUAACUAUGGGCCCGGUUAACUAUGUUUUUUUAAUUGAGUUAACUAUGGUUCAAGACAAGCUCAUGGAGACAACGUGUUUAGUACGUAGAAAACUUUUGCUCUUACUGACAGGACAAUGAAUUCUGAUGGCGCAUUUACAAAAUGAGCGAGUUUACUGGCUUGUCAGCUAUUCUAGUUCUCCGUUUUUAUACAAGUUUAGACAGCCUGUGUAUCAUCCUCCAAAAAACGAAGCAAUUCUAUCAAUAGUUCCAUAUGCAUGAUUGUUAAAGCUAUGGAGAACACGAACCCAAAUGUGAUUUUUUUAAUGAGGUGGGAGUUAGCUAUAUUAUCUUUGUGGGUGUUUGUUGCUUGCAACAGUGUCUUUCUU